GCGGGGCCUGUGCGUGUUGCUAGGGCGACGGCGCGCGCCUCCUUCUGUUUGGGCCGGCGGUUCCCAUGGUGACGGGAACGCCGCCGCGGGGCCCGGCCGGAGCAUGUCGGACCUGGGCUCGGAGGAGUUCGAGGAGGAGGCGGAGAACGACUUGGGGGAAUAUGAAGGUGAACGCAAUGCAGCAGGUGAACGACAUGGACAUGGAAGAGCACGAUUACCCAAUGGUGAUACAUAUGAAGGAGAGUAUGCCAAUGGUCUGAGAAAUGGGCGGGGGACCUACAGAUUUAAAAAUGGUGCUCGCUACAUUGGAGAAUUCUUUGAGAACAAAAAGCAUGGUCAAGGCAUUUUUAUGUAUCCAGAUGGAUCAAAAUAUGAAGACUUGUCUCCAUCCCCGUAUACCAAAUGGAAUACUGUCAGCAGAACUACUGUAAGAUGUGGCAGAACCAGUGGUGCAGGAGAAUGGGUAGCAGACCAAAGACAUGGCAAUGGAAUUUACUACUACGUGAAUGGAGACACCUACACUGGAGAAUGGCUUAGCCACUAUAGGCAUGGGCAAGGUACAUAUCUCUAUGCAGAGACUGGCUCUAAAUAUGUUGGUGGCUGGGUAAAUGGGCAACAGGAAGGAGCAGCUGAACUUAUUCAUCUAAAGCACAGAUACCAGGGCAAGUUUGUAAAUGGAAAUCCGAUAGGUCGUGGAAAGUAUGUCUUCGAUAUUGGGUGUGAACAGCAUGGUGAAUACACACAUCUAGACCAGGGCAUAGAAGAAGCGGGAGCCGCGAUCCAUCUUCCGAAGGAGGCGGAUGCAGGGUCGAACAAAGGCACCCCGGGCCCGAUGGUCCUCGAGGGCCCAGAGCUCCUCCCUCUUCUUCCGGCACGCUCCGCAGAGGAGCAGGUCUUCGGGGCUGGUGGCCAAAUGCCUCUCCAGCUCUAAGACCUCCCGUUCCAACUGCUCUAUCGCCUCAUUUCUCCGUCCGCUGGUGCCCCGGGUGUAGUCGCGGCAGAAAAGCUGGGUGUGCACCUUCCCCAGGUCUCACCAUCGCCGCGCCGAGGGAAAAGCACACCGCUGCCCUCGCCAGGCCAGCCAGAAUUCCCGGGAGGACGUCACAAAGCCCUCAUCCUCCAACAGGCUGUUGUUAAAAUGCCAAUAGGCUGGCCCCGGCCUCUCCGCACAGAGGGAGGCUGUCACGGUGGCUAGGUGAUGGUCAGAAAAUGGGGCCAGCCAAAUGCUGGAGGAGUGGGCUCGUGAGAGAUGGAA